CGCAGAGUCGUUCAUGUCACAGUCACGCACAGCCACCCCCACGCACAUGCGUUCGGUGGUUUGUAUGGAUAGCACACUCGCAUCGCAUCGCAGCUGCACACGCAAACAAUCGAGGACGCAGGGGGGAGAGAGGGAGGGAAGGGGAUGGAAGCAAGGAGAGGGUAUUGGCUGCUCUGUGCUGCUGAUGGUCGUGUCAUGAUGCUGCCGGCUUGGCCUCGGCACUCUGCAGCUUCUCAACUUGAACCACAGUCUCCUGUGUGAGACACAGAUACACAUGUGCAGUGCAGCAAACCGAUGAUUGAUUGCAUCCAUCUAUCUCCUCCACAAUCUGCCUCCGUCCCGGUCUGUCUCGCCACUACGGCGUCUGUGCGCCUGUGUGUGUCUUGUCUUUGCACACCUUGACUGUCUGGAUGCUGUCUUGUAUCUCGUCAGGGAUGGUGAUGCCGAACUCCUUCUCCACCUGCAACACACAACAGCACGACUCCCAACAAGCAAACAGUGCGGUCCCUCAGCUCACUCAACCCGACUCACUCACAUCGAGUAGGAACUCCACGGUAUCGAGGCAGUCCCAUUUUCUGUUUUCAUUGUCUUCAGUGACGUCCAGCUCCUCCAGCUUGCCCUCCGGCGUGAUGGUGCUGCCCGCCUUGGCGUACUUGGUCGCUAUGUCCACCACGCGCCGCUGGAUCUCAUCAGACGACAGCUGCUGAACAGAUGCAGACGCGAAGCCCCUUGCGUAUGGUGGCCAUGCAUGUGAUGGCGCAUGGAUGCUGUGGUUUGCUGCUGAUCUCCAUGCUGCUGCCGCUGAGCUGCGUGAGAAGGCGAUGUUGCGGGAAGUGCGAGGGAAAGGGAGGGACCGUGGUCUCACUGCACGAAGCAUCCUGCCUGAUAGAUAAGUUGGAAAAGCGCCGCUUUUUCCGUCUUUCCGAUCUUUGCCUUUCC